AUGUCUACAGGUGGUCCUAUUGGUUCAUGGAGAAAUGAGAAUAGAGACGAAAGGGCAGCCUGGAGAAAAUGGAGACAUAAACGUGAAUGGGUGAAAUUUGCAAGACCCUGCAGAGAAGAGGAAGACAACUCCAAAAGAAACCCCAUUGCCCAAAUUAGUUCAGAUUUCCAUGCAAAACAGAAAAUUACCUACCGCAUUACUGGAAUCGGAAUUGAUCAGCCCCCUUUGGGAAUCUUUGUUGUUGACAGAAAUACUGGAGAUAUUAACAUAACAGCCAUAGUUGAUCGUGAGCAAACCCCAAAUUUCCACAUCACAUGUCAUGCGCUAAAUGCCUUAGGACAAGAGGUAGAGAAACCACUUAUAUUAACGGUCAAAAUCUUAGACAUCAAUGACAACCCUCCAGUGUUUUCACAAAGUGUAUUCAUGGGUGAAAUUGAAGAAAAUAGUCCUGCAAACUCUCUGGUGAUGAUACUGAACGCCACGGACGCAGAUGAACCAAACCAUCUGAACUCUAAAAUCGCCUUCAAAAUCGUCUCCCAGGAGCCCGCAGGCAUCCCCAUGUUCCUCAUGAGCAGACACAGCGGGGAAGUCCGCACUUUGACCAAUUCUCUUGAUCGAGAGCAAGUGAGCAGCUACCGUCUGAUUGUGAGUGGCGCAGACCAAGAUGGAGAAGGAUUAUCAAGCCAGUGUGAAAGCAGCAUCAAAGUGAAGGAUGUCAAUGACAACUUCCCAAUGUUCAAAGAAUCUCAGUAUUCAGUGAGUAUUGAGGAAAACACUUUGAGUUCUGAGUUACUUCGAUUUCAAGUAAUAGAUUUGGACGAAGAGUUCACAGAUAAUUGGCUGGCAGAGUAUUUCUUUACCUCUGGCAACGAAGGGAAUUGGUUUGAAAUACAAACUGACGCCAGGACUAACGAAGGCAUCCUGAAGGUGGUUAAGCCGCUAGAUUAUGAACAACUACAAAAUGCACAAUUUAGUAUCGCCGUCAAAAACAAAGCUGAAUUUCACCAAUCUGUAAUCUCUCAAUAUCGAGUCCAGUCAACCCAAGUCAAAGUUCAAGUUAUAAAUGUGCGAGAAGGAAUUGCAUUCCGCCCUGCUUCCAAGACGUUUACUGUCCAGAAAGGCAUAAGUAGGAAAAAGUUGAUCAAUUACAUCCUCGGAACGUAUGCAGCCAUUGAUGAAGACACUGGCAAACCUGCUUCAAAUGUCAGAUAUGCCCUCGGACGGAAUGAUGGUGGUUUUCUAAUUAUUGACUCAAAAACGGCUCAAAUCAAAUUUGCCAGAAACAUGGUUCGGGAUUCUACUUUCAUAUUUAACAGGACAAUCAUAGCAGAGGUUCUAGCCAUCGAUGAAAACACGGGCAAGACAUCUACAGGCACCGUCUAUGUUGAAGUGCCUGGUUUUAAUGAAAAUUGUCCAACAACUGUCCUGGAAAAGGAAAGGAUCUGCAGCUCAUCGCCUUCCGUGGUUGUCUCCGCGAGAGCGCAGGACGGUGAUAGAUACACUGGCCCCUACACGUUUUCACUGGAGGAUGAAAGUGUAAAACUGCCCAUCGUGUGGCGGAUCACCACCGUUAACGCCACCUCUGCACUGCUGACCACCCAGCAGCAGCUGCCCCCCGGGAGGUACCCCAUCUCCCUCGUGAUCGCAGACAGACAAGACAGGCAGUGUGACACUCCAGAAGGCCUGGCUGUGGAGGUGUGUCAGUGUGACAACAGGGACACCUGUACAGAGCCCCAGCCCGGGCCCAGGUAUGGAGACCAGCCAUCUGGGAGGCUGGGGCCCAACGCCAUCGGCCUGAUCCUGCUUGGCCUUUUGCUGUUGCUGUUGGCCCCCCUUCUGCUGCUGACCUGUGACUGUGGGAAGGGUCCCAUUGGGGGAGCAACAACUGGAUUCAUCCCAGUUCCUGAGGGCUCAGAAGGAACGAUUCACCAAUGGGGGAUCGAAGGGGCCCAACCUGAAGACAAGGGUUUGCAGGAAAUCACAAAUAUUUGUGUGCCACUUAUAACCUCCAAUGGAGCUGAUUUCAUGGAAAAUUCUGAUGUUUGUAUGAAUGCCUGUGCCAGAGGAAUGACGGCGGAAGGAGCUUCGGGCAUGGAACUGACCACCAACCUUGGAGCAGCCGCGGGAUCUGGAGCAGCCACGGGAUCUGGGGCAGCUGCGGGGUUUGGAGCCACCACUGGACUUGGCUUCUGCUCUGCAGGCCAGUCGGGAACCAUGCGAACAAGGCAUUCCACUGGGGGGACCCACAGAGAAUGUGGUGAAGGAGUAAUAAGCAUGAAUUUCUUGGAGUCCUACUUUUCCCAGAAAGCAUUCGCCUGCGCAGAGCAAGACGAUGGCCAGGAAGCAAAUGACUGCUUGCUGAUCUACGACAACGAAGGCCUGGGGGCCCCCAGCUCCCCCGUGGGCUCCCUGGGCUGCUGCAGCUUCAUUGCUGAUGACCUGGAUGAGAGCUUCUUGGACUCGCUGGGCCCAAAAUUUAAACAACUCGCAGAGAUCAGCCUGGGGCUCGAUGGCAAAGGCCAACAGUCUCAGCUGCCCACCCACGGCAGCGGUUCCGGGACGGGCGCCUGUGGCCACUCCGUAGAGAUCCAGCACUCGGAGCUGUCUGGGGGCCAGACCACGUCGGGCGGCCAAGGAGCUUGCGCUUGGUCUGCUUCGGGCUCUGUCCUCCAGCCGGCCAUUUGCAUCCCCGACCCCCUGCAGCAGGGCGGCUACUUGGUGACGGAGACUUACUCGGCUUCUGGCUCCCUCGCGCAACCCCCCACCGCGGCCUUGGACCCGCUUCUCAUGCAGAAUGUGGUCAUGACAGAAAGAGUGAUCUGUCCCAUCGCCAGUGGCCAUGGCCACCUCCAUGGUGCCGCUGAGCUGCGAGGGUCGUGUAACAUGAUCUACACAGAAGACCCUUGUUCCCGUCUGAUAUGACCAGAGUGACCUGGAGUAGCAUGCUGGCCCCAUAGAGAUAUUUGGACCAAAUUAUCCGUAAUGGCAUUGCAAGUCUCAGUAUUGGUGUAAUUGGGCACCUACUUGCUACGCUCAUAAAGGGAUCAUAAUUACAGUUGAAAUUUUCUAGUUCAUACCCCCAAAGUGAAGAUGCUGCCACUCUUAAUUCUCAAAUACUAUUCAAGUGGUAGUAAAUGUUAAUGCUUUUUAAAAAAUCUUCACAUACUCAGUAGGAAAAUUCCCCAACAAUUUUUGAACUUCUGCUUUUGCAGCACCAAAGAAAGGCAUCCAACGCUUUAAAAUGCAAUGCACUUUUAGGAGAUCAAGCACUUGGAGUCAAGAGUCCUGGUUCUUGUCUCUGUCGCCUUUUCUUGUAUCAUUAAUAAUGAUGUACAAGUCUAAGGUGUUGGCCAAAGCAUCUUUAGUUACUCAGGAGGGGAAAAGAGAACUACUCAGAGUUGAGUUGUUUCUAUCUUCUUGGUGCUGGGAGACCCUAAGCACAUCUUUUCCUCAAGCUAAGGGGCUACUGAUUUAUGCAGUAAACUUGCUACAACUAUAUGCCUCCUAUUCUAAGAAUAAGGCAAUUUUAUCAUAGAACAUUUAAGAAAGGUUUGUAAGUUGUAAAUAGUAUCUGGGGUUUCUUUAUUCAUCUUGAAAUGAUCUAUGCAAAGAAAAUGUUUUACACUGAACUCCUUCCUACACCACUUCUUAGUAACAAAUCCUGUAUUAAUAGUUAAAAAUGUUCCUUAUUUUUCAAAUGUCAGUGGGUAAAUGGAAUUUACAUAUGACAACAUGUCAUGAUGUUUAUUAUGUUAACAACAUCUACAGACUUUGUGGAAAUACAAAACAUGGCUUUCUCAUGAGCAAAAGGGGCUUCUGACUAAAAUAGCACGAGAUGACAUUUGUGAAUAUGUAUUAUAAGCAGCAUUUCAGGUUCAACAGGAUAUGAAAAGGGAUUACCAGGAACAUCGAUUUUUUUCAAGCCUCGCUCUUUUUUUUUUUUUAAUUAAACAGCUACAGCAAUUUCACUCUUUUUUUUAAUAUAUUCUAUUGAUUUUUUACAGAGAAGAAGGGAGAGGGAUAGAGAGCUAGAAAC